UGGGCGGAGAAUUCAAUCUGCAACCAUCAUAGAUUUCAUCGAUACCCCUCUUUCUUCCUUCCUUACUUGUAUUUCCUUGCUCACUCUCUCUCUACCUCUCUCUCUCCCUCUAGCGCUCAACUGCUCCGCCUAAUUUCUUCACAAUUUGGCUUCCUCUCAGCUAAUUUCAACGUUUGGUAUUCGAUAUGGAUUCCGCCGCCGUGACAUUUUGCAGUAAACCUAUCACAUCUCCUCCGGGUGUAUUCAUCGGGAGGUCUAGUGGAAUCAAGAGUUCCCAGUGUAACUUCUUAGUGGGAAAUAAGUUGAACUUUCCCAAGCAAAGAUUUCAGGCUUCCGAAAAGGCUCAUAGAUCAGCGAAACGUGAGGGAGCACUUGGUGUCACUUGCCGUGCAGAAAAAAUUCUGGUGGCAAACAGAGGGGAAAUUGCAGUGCGCGUGAUUCGAACUGCCCAUGAGCUAGGGAUCCCCUGUGUUGCAGUGUACUCUACUAUAGAUAAGGAUGCACUUCAUGUGAAACUGGCUGAUGAAUCAGUUUGUAUAGGGGAAGCUCCUAGUAAUCAGUCGUACUUGUUGAUACCUAAUGUCCUCUCUGCUGCUAUCAGUCGUGGAUGUACGAUGUUGCAUCCUGGUUAUGGUUUCCUUGCAGAGAAUGCUGUUUUUGUUGAGAUGUGCAGAGAGCAUGGAAUCAACUUCAUUGGGCCAAAUCCUGACAGCAUUCGUGUUAUGGGGGACAAAGCAACUGCACGAGAUACCAUGAAGAAUGCUGGUGUUCCAACUGUACCAGGAAGUGAUGGUCUGUUACAGAGCACUGAAGAAGGCAUCAGGCUCGCUGACGAGAUUGGCUUCCCUGUGAUGAUUAAGGCUACAGCAGGUGGUGGAGGUCGUGGAAUGCGUCUUGCAAAAGAACGUGACGAGUUUGUAAAGUUGUUGCAGCAAGCUAAGAGUGAGGCUGCAGCUGCAUUUGGAAAUGAUGGUGUAUAUUUGGAGAAAUGCAUUCUAAAUCCAAGGCACAUUGAGUUCCAGGUUCUUGCAGACAAAUAUGGAAAUGUUGUUCACUUUGGGGAGCGUGACUGCAGCAUCCAGAGAAGGAACCAGAAGCUUUUAGAAGAAGCACCCUCACCAGCAUUAACCCCAGAACUGAGAAAAGCCAUGGGUGAUGCAGCAGUUGCAGCGGCAGCAUCAAUUGGCUACAUUGGUGUUGGUACUAUAGAGUUUCUUUUGGAUGAAAGAGGUGACUUUUACUUCAUGGAAAUGAACACUAGAAUCCAGGUAGAGCAUCCUGUGACAGAAAUGAUAUCGUCGGUUGACUUGAUAGAGGAGCAGAUUCGGGUAGCUAUGGGUGAGAAACUCCGUUACACGCAGGAUGACAUCGUGCUCAGAGGACACUCGAUUGAAUGCCGUAUUAACGCGGAAGACGCUUUCAAAAAUUUCAGACCUGGACCAGGGAGAAUAACAUCUUACUUGCCAUCUGGAGGUCCAUUUGUGAGAAUGGAUAGCCACGUAUAUACCGAUUAUGUUGUUCCACCAAGCUAUGAUUCUCUACUUGGAAAGCUUAUUGUAUGGGCCCCAACAAGAGAAAAGGCGAUUGAACGCAUGAAAAGGGCUCUUGAUGAUACCAUCAUCACAGGGGUUCCAACCACAAUCGAGUACCACAAGCUAAUCCUCGACAUCGAAGAUUUCAAAAACGGAAAAGUUGACACUGCUUUCAUUCCAAAGCAUGAGGACGAAUUAGCCGAGCCACAGAAACCGAGUACUUCAAAUGCUGCUAAAGAAGUGGCAAAGGCUGUAGCUUAAGGAGUGUUUGUACUUUUGUAUGCAACAAAAUGUUACAUUUUUUGUUUGGUCAAGUCUUUGAUCCCCCAAAUGUCUUGAGCUAACUUUCUUUCAGGCUGUGGCAUCCUUUUAACUUUUUGAGACAUAUUCAUUGCUUGCUAAAUGUUGAUUAUAAAUCCUUGAGCCAAAUUUGUAAGCCUA